ACGUGAAAUUGAAAGUAGGUGACAUUGCUUUCAAAUGACAAACAUUGUAAUAAAUGUAAAAUACAAUGUUUCUUCGUCUUUUACAAUCGAAGUAGAUACUGACUGGAAUAUAUGGAAAGUGAAAAGAGAAAUUUCCAAAAGAAUUAAACUACCACCUGAAGAAAUACAGUUGAUAUUUACAGGAUAUUUAUUGAAAAAUGAUGCUAUUUUAAAGGAUGUAUCUAUCUGUAAUUGUACAGUUAUCCAUGCUUUUCAACAAAAACCCCUUGAAGUGACAGCAAAGUUUACUACUGUUGACAGUCAGGAUUUGAAAUGUGGAAAAGUUAAUAGAGAUGUUCACCACUUCUUUGUGUAUUGUAAGGAACAGUGCCAAAGUCUGUGUCCAGGAAAGUUGAGAGUGAAAUGUGGCAACUGUUGUGAAGGUCAUAUUGUGUUACAAAGGGAACCAGAAAACUUUGAUGAUGUGAUGAAGUCUGGUAUGUUACAAUGCGAAUGUAAGAGUGAAGGUUGUCAGGGGAAUCUACAAUCUGCUCAAUUCUACUUUAAAUGUGCCAGUCAUUCAUCAGAGUUUGACACAGCUCCAGUUUUGAGACACAUCAGACCUAAUAAGAAGAAUAUAGAGUGUUUAACAUGUUCUACAGUAAGUUCUCCUUUAUUGGUGUUUCCCUGUGAUAAGAGUCAUGUGAUGUGUAUAGAAUGCUUUAGGUCGUAUGGUAUUGUCAGAUUGAAUGACAGAAUGUUCAUUGAAGAUGUAAACCAUGGAUAUAGUCUCCCUUGUCCUGUUGGAUGUGAAAACUCUCUCUUACAAGAUGCUCAUCACUUUUACCUUCUUGGAGAAGAACAGUAUGAAAGAUACAAAAGAUUUGGUACAGAGGAAUAUGUCCUGCAGAAUAAUGGUGUUUUAUGUCCUUUCCCUGGAUGUGGGGCUGGGAUAUUGAUAGAAAACUCAUGUAAACAAGUUGUUUGUCACAAUUGUAGGUUUGAGUUUUGUAAACAGUGUCUUAACAGUUACCAUGGAAGUUCAGAAUGUAGACAGCAACUGUUGGAGGACAACACACAGGACUUUAAAGUUGAUGAAGAGCGAGAGUUAAGAGCCAGAUGGGAUCAAGAAUCACUGGCUACAAUUGAGGAAAUCUCAAAACCUUGUCCAGGUUGUUGUACUAAAACAGAGAGAGAUGGUGGAUGUAUGCACAUGCACUGUUCGCGGUGUCAGAUGGAUUGGUGUUGGCUGUGUGAUAGAGAAUGGAACAGAGAAUGUCAGGGGAACCACUGGUUUGGCUGAUUAUCAUCAAGUUAAAAAAGACUAUAUCAUAAAAAGGCAUUCGAUUCAGGGUUGGCAAAACCUGGGUUUUAUGAGUAUUGCCCAGCCCAGUGUAUAAAAUAUGUAAAACUUGUAUUCUGCAUACACAGAAUAAGUUGAGAAGAAAGUUAAAUUGAACUUUUAAUCUUAUAGAAAUGACUCUCAAUGGUUAUCUGUAUAAAAAGUAUAUAUAUAGUUAUAUUACUAUGAAACUACAACAAGUCUUUACUACUUUGUGCUAAAAUAAGCUUAAACAAGUCAUAUUGCCCAGUAUUACCCAUUUCUGAGAGUAUUGCUAAGCCUGGGAAAACCCAGACCUGGGUUUUCCCGGGCAGGUGAUAUUUGGCCAACCCUGAUUCGAUUAUCUAUGUAUGGAAUAUUUGACUUUUUUUAAGUGUAUAUCUAUGCAAUUUGCUUGUCAUAUCAAAUGUAGGAGGGCUUUGUAUUUUAUGGUCUAUACAAACAGCUGUCUGUUUAUCUGUCCAAUCAUUCAUCCUGUAUCAUGUUUACUUAAAGGUUUAGGUUUUGGUAAUUUCCCAUGUGAACUUUAUAGAAUAUAUCCAAAAUAAGGGUACAGAUCCCAAACAUGGAAUUGUGAUUGUGCAAAAGAGACCAAUUUUUUUGUUGAAAAUGAUUCAGAUAUUUUAUGAAAGUUGAAAGUUAUCUGGUAUCAUUUCAAAGAAAGUAUAAUUAUGUGCAUGCCUUUUUCUUUUUAAUAAAUCCUUCUUAUAAAUGUCUUAGCAUAAUGAUUUUUUAAGUUUUUACACUAUCGAUGUCCUUGUAUCAAACACAUUAAUAAGAAUGAUACAUUUAGAUUGUAUUUAAUGUAAUGGUAGGCUGAAGUGUUCUUACCUUUGUUCCUUGAUUGGAUUGUACUAAACUGUGAUAAGAGUACCAGUACUGUGAUAAAGUGAGUUCAAAAUGUCAAAAAUUAUCAUAUGAGACUAAUCUUUGCUUUAAAGAAUACUGCUCGUGUAUUUCAGCAAACAAAAAUUCCUGAAUAGACAAAAAUAAUUUAAGCAGUUGAGCACUGUAGAACCAGGAUAUUAUUAACAAAUAUCAAGAGCAGAGAUUGUUCCCUAUCAAUGUUAUUCUGUUCUACAAUGUUUUAUUACUUCUUUUACUUAAGCUAUCAAAUUGUAAUACAAAUGUUUGAGAUGGCAAAAAAAUUUAUCACAUUUUUUAUGUAGUCUUGAUUAUCCUAGAAGUCUGAUCAUUUAAACUUAAGUUAGCUAACUGAACUGUCUUAUCCCAUGAAAUAAAUAACUGGAUGACUGUAAUGUUGCAUUUAGGUUUCAUGACUAAUUUUGUGGUGUAGACAGACUUGCCUUCAAAAGGAUUUUUUUGUGAAUAUGCAUUUUGUGCAUUUAGGACAUUGUAGGGUUUUAUGUAGUAUUUUGUCGACUACUGUUUUUCCUUUCUUUUUUUUCUGUUUUGACUGUAAAAUUGAUUGUCCUUUGCAAACUUGCAAUUUAGGUCCCCUUGAUGACUUCUUAUACUUAUGCUUUUUUACUGGAAACUUUUGUUUGUUAGAUUUAUGUAUGUUAUAGUAAAGUUAAGUUCUUUAAAAGAAAGUUUUUAUAAUGUAUGUUUUAUAUAAUUUGCUGUGUGUUAACUCAAAACAUUUUAAUGCUUUCAUUUAUCCAAACUAUCAAAAGUCUAAAAUAAACAGUUUACAGAACAUCGUUUCGUGUGCAUUUAAUUACCGGUAACUAUUGAGUUGACCCCAGAUGACCAUAUACGCGAUAUUAACAUAAAUAAAGAUGUAAAUAGAUUAAGCCAACAUGUGCAGUUGGAUUUUUAAAGGUCUGUUUAAUCUUAUGUUAUUGAUUAAUUUAAAAAUGUAUAUUUCUCAUUGUUUUUACCUUAUAAGAAUGAUUUUAUCAUACAUUUAUGUGGAUUGAAUCAGUUAUCAAAUGAUUUACCUUUGUGUCACUUUAAUUGUUUACAUUCUUUUCAUUAAAAUAACCAGAACACAUACAAUGCAUGCAUUGUCAAUUUCUAGCUAGGGGGUUCAAUUGAAGUUCACAUGAAAACAGAUUUAAUAGGGUUGAAUUAUUCACUUGCAAGUGAAUAAUUAAUUAUCAAUAGAUAUAGGAAGAUGUGGUGUGAGUGCCAAUGAGACAACUCUCCAUCCAAGUAACAAUUUAAAAAGUAAAUCAUUAUAGGUUAAAGUACGGCCUUCAACACAGAGCCUUGGCUCACACCGAACAACAAGCUAUAAAGGGCCCCAAAAUUACUAGUGUAAAACCAUUCAAACGGGAAAACCAACGGUCUGUUUGUUAGCUUAAUUUGACAAAAUUGAACCAUUUUGGCAGCUAAAAGUGAAUUAUUAUUGCACUAUUUCACUUUUAUUAUUGAUUGAACCAAAAAAAAUCUUUACCGUACUUUAGAUUUUUUAUAUAUCUCGUAGCUAGUGCCGCCGCCUUUAAUGAUUGAACAAAAACAAUAUAAUUUUUUUUUAUAUUUCGUAGCUUAGAUGUCACUGUUAAUAUGAUAAUGUGAAUGUGAAGUUGUUACUUGUUUUUUUUUAACCAUUGACCAAAAACUGGAUAUGAUAUGCUAUAAUUUAAUAGUUUUGUUAACACUUUUAGUUUUUACAUUUUAUUUGAAAUAAGAUAUAACUCUUGAUGUCAUACUUCAGACAAUAAAUUUCUCUUUGUUAUAACAUUCAUACAAAAAGCUUUAACAUGUUAGUGCAUAAAAUGCUCAAAAUACUCAGAUUUUACUAGGAAGAAUUUUUAUAGGGGGCUGGGAUUGCUGGGAUGACAAAAUUAAGAUUGGGACUUGUUUAAAGUAAGUAUCAUAAAUUGUAAUUGUGAAUGUGAAGUUGUUACUUGGUUUUUUUUAACCAUUGACCAAAAACUGGAUAUGAUAUGCUAUAAUUUAAUAGUUUUGUUUACACUUUUAGUUUUUACAUUUUAUUUGAAAUAAGAUAUAAAAAACCAAGUAACAACUUCACAUUCACAAUUACAAUUUAUGACAAAAAUAAGCAAAGACCCAUCAAAACAACAUCUGAUAAACAAAUUUAAUAAUACUUUUAGAUAUUUGGAUGAUAUUUUGGCUCUCAACAAUGACGACUUCAGUAUGUAUAUUAAAGAAAUUUAUCCUGCUGAACUUACUUUAAAUAAAGCUAAUACUAAUAAUGACCACUGCCCUUUCCUCGAUCUUGAUAUCUAUAUCACUAACGGAAAGCUGAAUACUAAAAUUUAUGAUAAAAGGGAUGAUUUUUCAUUUCCUAUCGUUAAUUAUCCGUUUUUAGAUGGUGACGUUCCCUUGUCACCAUCUUACGGUGUUUAUAUAUCUCAACUUGUACGAUUCGCUCGUGUUUGUAACAAUGUUUUAGAUUUUAACGAGAGAAAUUUAUGUAUUACUGAAAAAUUAUUACACCAGGGUUUUCGAUAUCACAAACUAGUCAAAACUUUUACUAAAUUUUAUCAUCGGUAUAAAGACAUCAUUCGUAAAUAUAGCUCAACAUGCAGACUUUUUAUACGUUCAGGUAUUUCACAUCCAUUUUUUUAUGGAAAUAUUCUUUAUAAAGCACAAAGGUGUCAGUAUUCACCUCAGAAACUUACAAAACCUUUAAAUAGACUGAUUAAGAAGGGAUAUAAUUACGAUACUGUUGUCAAGUCAUUAAAGAUUGCAUAUUUUGGCGUUAAUAUUGAGUCACUGAUAAGGUCUUUGCGUCGGAAACUAAAGACAUUUAUUCUAAAAACAGUUGUUGGCAUGACACGGGUUAUGUUCUUCUCAUAUAU